AACAUUACACCUGAACAACAGGGCAAUUUAUGAAAGUGAUCAAGUGAAAGGGUUCAUAGAUUUUUUCAUCCUUGUUCCUCUCUUGGCCUAGGUACUCACAUGGAUCAUCGAAAAAAGAAAUAUCCGAGUCAUCCUCAGAGUUGAUCAAUAAGAAAAUAACCGAGUGGUCAUCCUCUCCGACUUGAACUUCUUUCAUUCAAAUUUCUACCUAGCUGAAACGGACCAAUCAAAAUGAGCCGUAACUCUGCAUCUUCAAGGAACUCUGGCAGAGUCGUUUCCGAGUCCUUUCUUCUCGCUGGAGACUUGAGGGCGGAUCUUCUUGCGCCAGAUGCAAACGCGAGAUUGAGAGCCGAGUUGGUUGCUCUGAUAUUGCAUCCGAUGUACUACCUUGGUGGGGACAAGGACAACUACGUGGUCCAUUGCUAAGGCAGAGGAAGAAUUAGAAGUACUUCGUUCUACUUGAUGACCGAGAUAUGAAAUUGGAAAGUGUAGAAUCGUGAAAGAGCAUGUAAUUGUACUUGCGGCUGUGGUUGUCAGUAAGGCAAAGGCAAACUUGAGCCAGUGAGGCGUGAGCGUAUCCAUUUCGAUUAGGUUGUAUCAAUCUCAUCAGGUUAUGAUAAUUCGGCAGCUUCAGCAAAGUGCUUGUGCACAGACAUGCUUGGUGGACUUGAAACCUUGUACUUUCUAACCACCGCUGCAAGAUUGCAUGUGUAAUAGUUUAGGCAUACCCUCGAUUCGGUAUACGAGCAACAAUCCAAGCUUCCGAGGAUAUGGGGAGGCAGGCGACGCAAAAAAAGCUGUCGAAUUUUUGUUAUGUUCUUGAGGGUUGUUAGUUUACUUUUGGAUAUUCAAAGGCUAUUUUGUAGUUCCAGAUCGUCAAAACGCUAUGGUCAUGCAAAUCAAAAAUGUAAAGCAACUACCGAUCAAAACCGUGGUCUGUGGUUCGUAUAAUCGCUAAUCGAGACAUCCGGAAAAUGCGAAUUGGUACCCAGAUGCAAGCGUGUUUUAUUAAUAGGAUAUAGCGCUGGAGCCAAUGCUGCUAUACAUUGCGGUAACGAAUUCGCAAAAAGUGAGAAGUUAGCGGGCAUGGUCGCGGUAAGUCCACCGUUUGGAUGGCUUGCGUCGUUGUUUUUAUGACAGAUAAUGAGAUCUGAUAGAAUUAUAACUCACUUUCGCAUGUCCUCAAUUUCCAACACCGCGGAGACUCGUAUUCGUUUUGUGUGCUUCCGCCAAGAACAGCUUUUACUGUGCAGACGCGGUCAUACUCAGCAUCAGAUCUAUAUCAAGAUACCAAAAGAACAAAUAGCUAUCCAGUUUCGUUCAUAAAUUCUUGGCGGACUAGUGAAAACACCGAGUCCUUGCCGACGACCACAGCUCUACAUUAGCGGAACGAGAGACGAGUACUGUUCCUCGAGCAGUUUUGCGUCCACAGUUGUUAUGAAGAUGCGGUUUUUGAUGACCGGUUUUUGAAAACGAUUAGGUAACCCGACCAAACACGUGCUGUCCAAAAGAUAUUUGGAUGUUCAUCCUGUUUCGAAAACCAGGAGUAGUUGCUCUCCAUCGAUCUGUUGGAACAAAGUUGAAGUUGUACCACUUAAUGUUAAUCUUGAGGAUACUGCUUCUGGAAGAUGAACACUUCUACUUGUCAUCUACUCCUCUGUCUAAUCCGGCCGAAUUUUUCCGCAGUACCGAGAAGAUCGACCUGAAGAUACCAAAUAACGCAACGUGCACUGUGGCAUCGAACGACUUCGCCACUGCAGUUCUAGUUCCAAACGGAGGCCACUUUUGGCAGCCACGGGAGUUUAGGGCGUCACUUGCUUAUCUAGAAGAUUUCGUCACUGGUAGGAUUUUGCGGACAGGUGGGGAAGGGGAAGGAAAUAUAGCAGGAGGAGGAUCAGAAGCGAACUCGCGGCCGAAAGAUAAGCCGAGGAGUUCUAGUUCUACCUAGUAAUAAGGGUGGUGAGAAUGCUGGAGCAACGAAUGGAAAGGCAUCCGAUGGGGAUGGUGUGAUGGAAGGAGGAUAACCAUAAUUAGAACCAUGUUCAACAUGAAGUAGUUUUCUUCGCUCUGAGGAAAAAGAAUAUAAAGAUAAACUGCUGAUGUUGUCUACAUGAAUAUGACCUUCAUCUCAGUACUAGAACAGAACCAAGUUCGCGAUUAAAACGACGCAUUUAGUAGAUCAUAACUUGUAUCUUUUACUUUUCCGGAUUCGAGGUAUCUCAGAAAGAGAAGCUCAGAACAAUUCUAUUUUGAUUUCCGACUGGGCGUCCAAGCAAGAUAAACGAGUACUUCAACAUAUUCGCACAUUCAUUACAAGAACAAGCAGAAGAGGCGUUUCAGCGUAUCCUCGGGCGCCAUCUCUCGUUAUACUCCGACCAUUUCGGAAAGUGUGGGCUUGCGAGAUUCUGCGAGAAAUUCGUGGAGGAGGACGUGCCCGACAAGCU